GCGGAUGUCAUACCAGAUCUAGAGCAGAGCCCAACUGGGGAAGUACCUCCACCUUACAGAAAACCGCAGCCAAAUAACACUAGACCCUACUCAUAGUGUUUUAUUCCUGCCGGUGAGUAAGGUUGCCAGAGCUCAAAGAGGGUGCGGAAUGUUAGGGUCGGCAACGUGUAUGUAACUCAUCUGGAGUUACAGGCAUACAUAGGCUACGGAGACUGCUUACCAUCAGGCCGUAUGCUUGUUGGACACCGACAUAGUAUAAAAAAAUAACAUGAUAUCUACGGAACCACGCAAAUGUGAUCUAAAACACGCAUAUAUUAUCUGAUGAACACAAUUCUAUAGUCCGCACAGUGUACAAGUAAACCUCGCCGAGACAAGUAUAGUUACUAAGGUAGGCAUUAUGUCAUACUUAUUAUCGUGUGUUGAUGUCAUUACAUCGAUAAAAACAAGAACCGUAUGUUAGGAGUUUGGGACCCUGUAUAAAUAGUGUGUGAAGAUUGUUUAAUUUUUGUGUCAAAGUGAAAAUUGUGUGUAAAAUGAAUUUUAAAUUUAGUGUUUAAGAAAUCACCAUGCUCUUCUUUAUAUUGGUGAGCGCUCUGCUCUCCGUAAGCUUAGCGAACAACCCCAAAGAUGACGUCCAGUACAUGAACUUGGAAAUCAAGAACGUCAAGGGAGGAGGGGGCAGCUACGUUUAUAGAGGAGGAGAAAAUAUUAACAGAUUCUUCAACCACACGCAGCACGGCUACGUACAGGCCAGUCAGACCAACCAUGAGAUCGGAGUCUGUUACAUAGAAGUCCCGACCUCUACACUCGUGCGGGACCCAAAACAUAUACCGGCUGGUAAUGGCUCGCGAUCAGAACUGAGCCGCAUCCGCACCUGCUGCCACGGAUACAUCCGAAACAUCCACAACUACCUCAUCUGCGACCCCGUCUGCACCGUAGAAUGCGUCAACGCUCUCUGCACCGCUCCCGAAGUCUGCACAUGCUUUCCUGAUCAUGUGAGGAAUACUGCUGGAUUCUGCGUAGCGACUUGUCCUAUUGGAUGCCAGAAUGGACAUUGUAAUGGGCAACAGUGCCUGUGUAAAGAGGGUUUCAAGUUGGAUGUCAGUGGGAGAUUCUGCGUGCCGCAUUGCAGGGAUAACUGUGGUGGAAUUGGAAACUGCACAGCUCCAAACACAUGCGAAUGCAAGCCCGGCUACUCCUCAACUCCUGACGGCUCCUGCAGGCCUGGUGGCCAGGGAUCAUAUUCCCAAACACAGCACCCUGGAGCACCUGGUGUUCCUGGGUCACUGCACACAAUUCCUGGAUCACAACAGACUGUUCCUGGGUCACAGCAAUCUUUGCCGUGUGGUAGCUGUGUAAACGGUUACUGCGCGGGUACAGAAUGCCGCUGCCGUCCGGGUUAUUUGCUGUACAGAGGAGAGUGUAAAGCUCUUUGCAAUCCGAAUUGCGAACUUGGUAAAGAUUGCGUUGCCCCUAACGUUUGCGCACCGAAAGGACCUGGAGUCAACGCAACACAAUCUCACAACAGCCCACAGUACCCAUACCCCAACCCAACACAAACUCCAUACCAAAACCCGAGUCAAUACCCUAAUGGCCAAUACCCACAAAAUCAGAACCAGUACCCAGGUCAAAACCCAAACAAUCAGCAUAACCAACAAUAUCCCAAUUCUGCCAACCCUACUGGUCAGCAUCAACCUACUCCCAUCUAUGCACCGUACCCUGGUCAACAGAAUCAAUACCCAGGUCAACAGAACCAAUAUUAUCCAGGCCAACAAAAUCAGUACCCUACACCGUCCCCUUCACAACCAAAUGGAACUAAUUCCGGAUACCCAAACCAAUAUCCGCAGCCAGGCCAUCAGCAUCUGUAUCCUCAACUUCCUUCUAACUAUCCUAAUAAUCCUCAAACAAACCAAGGUAACAACGGAACAGGUCUGAGAACAGAAGGCCAGGUCUUUUACCAGAAUCGUCCGUAUAAUCCCUUUGAGAAUGUCACCUUUAACUUGCAACAAGGAGGAUCGGAUCAGACUUUAGGACACAGUCAGAACGCAACGCAAGGGCAUUAUGGCGGAGGACACUAUUCUCAAGGCCAAUACGGCCAAGAACAAACUAGUCAGGGACAAUUUAACCAUGGUCAAACCAACCAGGGACAAUAUAGCCAAGGACAGUUUGGACAAGGGCAAUACAGCCAAGGGCAAUACAGUCAAGGACAAUAUGGCCAAGGACAAUAUAGCCAAGGUCAAAAUGGUCAGGGUCAUUAUCAGCAAGGAUAUUAUCCUUAUCCUGGACAACAUGUACCUUAUGGUCAGAAUGGUGAAAACCAACAAGGGCAAAUAUCAAGUAACGUAUUCGGAAAUUGCGAACAACCCUGUGUUAAUGGAAACUGUGUUGGAGUAAACAGAUGUGAAUGCUUACCUGGAUACAAUCAGGACCCUGCAGAUUCUACUGGCACCAGGUGCAUUCCCUAUUGCCAUGGCGGUUGUCUCAACGGGUACUGCGCGUCGCCAAACAACUGCGUCUGCUCAGAAGGCUACCACAAGGACUUCAGUGUCAAGGGACGAUCAGGGUGCGUGAAGCGCUUUAGACGGUCGGCUGAACCAGUAAAAGUUGCUGAUGUCCUAGUGUUCGAGAUUCCUGAUACAGAGUAAUGAUAAAUGUAGAUUUAACUGACGAUUAGAGUGAAGAUGGUGGUGCCAUACUUUGAGUCAAUCUCCAAUAUUUUAUACGUUGUUUUUUUUUUCAAGUUUAGUAUAAUUAUGAUGUACAGUAAUAUCGCUGUUUUAGCUGCUAGAUGUCUUACCAAGUAGUUUAUUAUUAAAAUAUACCUUCUAUCUACCUAUUCGUCACAAAUAACUAAUGAGGGUACCUCAUAUUUAGAUCUGAUAUUUAAUUUGCUCUCAUUUUCAUGUAGGUAAGUAUAACUUUUGUAAAUAAUUAUGCAGAAUGUGAGAAAUGAUGUAAAAUGUUUAAGGAUAACUGUCAUUUACCAAAAUGGAUACACAACAAUACACUAAAAACAACUUUAUUAAUGACUACAUUAUUUGUACAUUGAAUUAUUACAAUCGAUUUACUUUUAGGAGACAAUUUUAUGUUCAAUAAACUAAUAAAUAAAAAUGUUUUUUU